AACACAAAACCCUUCCCCACUUCUCCUUCACAGAGUCAUAGCUGCGCCUCUUUCUUCUCCAAUCUCUCUCGGCUCUCUUCCCAGAAGUUCCGCCGCCGCGGAAGCUCGCCGGAGGAGCAGCGGCGAUAAGCCGCCACCACCAGCUCCUUCUGAUCUCCGUUCUCCCUUCUCUCUCCGACAGCGACGGAGACCGCCGCCACCAGUCAACCAUCUUACUCCGCCUCUCUCUCAAAAAUUCCAGCGAAACCAUCGCCGUCUCCUUUCCCAUCUCCCUCGAUCUACCUCUCUCUCCACCUCCGGCACAAACAACGGCUCCUCGCAGCCGCCGUGCCUGGACUCCCUCAUUUCUCACCGCCUCUGUCUCCCUCUCGGAUUCAGGCUCGCCGAGCCCUUGCUCAACUCACCACCCUUGGAGUCUCUCUUCUCUUUAUGUGAGAAUAGAGCGCAACACACUCAGACAGCCCUCGCAUCUCCCACUUUCACGGCGAACAGCGGCGGAACCACGCCGCCGUUGCUGUCAUCUCUUUCCCGACUCACCGCCUUCACUCUCCGGCAACCGCAGCGGUGCCACGGCCGCCGCCCUCUUCCCCUGCCUAAAUCAGCCACCACCGCCCCUCUCUCUCUUUCCCUUCGAAGUCCGGCAACUGCACAGCCUGGGGCUGCCGCCGUCGAACUCCAGUUUCCCCCUAGACUCAACAGGAAACACACACACACCAAGAGCAGUAAACUGACUCGACAUCUACACCACAAAACCGAGACUUCCCCAUUUUCUUCUUUUUCCUUUUCAUGGAUACAAAUUUUCUUGAAAUCAAAUGACAAAAUAGAUGCUUCAAGAUUCAACCUUUCCUUUUAUAAAUCAUGCUUUGAUACAUGUAUAUGAAUGUCAGAGUUCUUAUCUAUCAUGCUUGUGAACAAUUGAGGUACAAAAAAGAUUUAGGUGAAACCUUGGGUGGAUGAUGAGCGUGGCUGUCGUUGUGAUUUGGGUUGGCUGCUGGGUUUAUUGAAUCAAAAUGAAGCCGAAUGAGGAAUUGAAUGAUACAAUCAGCAGAUCUGCAACUAAUGUCAUCCUUAACCAUGAUUUUUCUGGAGGACUUCAUUCGUGGAGUCCUAAUGGCUGUGAUGGCUUUGUGGUUUCCUCAGACUCUGGUUACCCUCAAGUGAUACCAGCUAGCCUAAAUGGUCGUUUCGCCAAAGUUACAAACCGGAAUGAAUGCUGGCAAGGCCUCGAACAAGAUAUAACCAACAGGGUUUCGGCAGGUUCCACUUAUACAGUAUGUGCUUGGGUUGGAAUUUUGGGAUCUGGUCAAGCUGUUGCUGAUGUGCAGGCCACUCUGAAACUUGAGUACCAAGACUCAUCAGUUAGCUAUUUACCCAUUGGAAGAACUUCUGCUUCCAUUGGGUGCUUUGAGAAGAUAGAAGGGACUUUUUGUGUAUCGACUAUGCCUCACAGAGUUAUAUUUUACUUGGAGGGACCUCCGCCUGGCGUUGACAUACUCGUCAAAUCAGUAGUAGUUUCAUGCCCUGUUUCCAGUCAAUAUGAUACCCAACGCAAAAGUUUUCUCUUUGAUGACGACGGUGACAUCGUACAGAACCCAAGAUUUGAUGGCGGCCUUAAUAAUUGGUCUGGGAGAGGUUGUAACAUUGUAUUGAAUGAGUCUACGGCAGGUGGAAAAAUUCUUCCACAGACGGGAAAGUAUUUUGCAUCAACAGCAAAUCGUACUCAGAACUGGAAUGGAAUUCAACAAGAGAUAACGAGUAGAGUGCAGCAGAAGCUUGCCUAUGAGGUUUUUGCAACAGUUCGAAUAUUUGGUAAAAAUGUCAGUAGUGCAGAUGUUAGAGCUACACUCUGGGUUCAGACAGCAGAUCUGCGUGAACAAUACAUUGGAGUUGCGAGUGUGCAAGCAACAGACAAAGAUUGGGCGCAGUUGCAUGGAAAAUUUCUUUUAAAUAGCUCACCCUCACGGGCAGUUAUUUAUUUGGAAGGUCCACCUCCAGGCACUGAUAUUCUUCUUAACAACCUAGUUGUAAAGCAUGCACCAAAAGCUCCACCCGCGUCUCGACCAGCCACUCAGAUCGCUCUUUUUGGAUUUAAUAUUGUUGCUAAUAGCAACCUUGCAAAAGGCACCAACGGGUGGUUCCCACUUGGAAAUUGCACUCUUGGUAUUGGCAAUGGUUCGCCACAUAUCCUUCCUCCGAUGGCUCAAGAUUCUCUUGGACCUCAGGAACCAUUGAGCGGUUACUAUAUUCUUGCAACCAAUCGUACUCAGACAUGGAUGGGUCCAGCUCAGACAAUCACAGAAAGAGUGCAACUCUUUUUGACAUAUCAAGUGUCUGCAUGGGUACGAAUCGGAACUGGGGCAACUAGACCUCAGGGUGUCAAUGUGGCUCUUGGUGUGGACUCUCAAUGGGUAAAUGGUGGCCAAGUUGAGAUUAAUGAUGAUGAAUGGCAUGAAAUUGGUGGAUCUUUCAGAAUUGAGAAGCAUGCCGCGAAGAUAAUAGUUUAUGUCCAGGGUCCUGAUCCCGGGGUUGAUUUAAUCGUUGCAGGGCUACAAAUCUUUCCAGUGGACAGAUCUGCGAGAUUCAAACACCUGAAAAAACAAACUGAAAAGAUACGCCAACGGGAUGUUAUCUUAAAGUUUACCACGUCAGAUUCAUGCACUCUGUUUGGCACCUUUGUGAAAAUUAGACAAACUCAAAACAGCUUCCCAUUUGGUUCAUGUGUAAAUAGGACAAAUAUAGACAACGAGGACUUCGUCAAUUUCUUCGUGAAGAACUUCAACUGGGCUGUUUUUGGUAAUGAGUUGAAGUGGUAUUGGACGGAGCCGAACAAAGGAAGCUUCAACUAUAAAGACGCUGAUGACCUAUUGAAUUUGUGUUCAAGCCAAAACAUUCAACUUCGUGGGCACUGUAUCUUGUGGGAGGUGGAGACAUCAGUUCAGCCAUGGAUACGUGCUUUGAGCAGAAAUGAUCUGAUGACAGCGGUUCAGAACCGUUUAACAGGCCUGCUGACCCGUUACAAGGGCAAGUUCAAGCACCAUGAUGUAAACAAUGAAAUGCUGCACGGGUCGUUCUACCAGGAUCGUCUGGGGAAAGAUAUCAGGGCGAACAUGUUCAAGAUCGCGCAUCUGCUGGACCCCUCCGCCACCCUUUUUGUGAACGACUACCACGUUGAGGAUGGAUGCGACUCACAUUCCUCACCUGAGAAGUACAUUCAGCACAUUCUUAAUCUCCAAGAGCAGGGAGCCCCCGUCGGGGGAAUAGGCAUACAGGGCCACAUAGAUCAUCCGGUAGGGCCAAUUGUUUGUUCCGCUCUGAAUAAGUUGGGGAUUCUUGGCCUCCCAAUCUGGUUUACAGAACUCGAUGUCUCCUCCACAAAUGAGUAUGUUAGAGCUGAUGACUUAGAAGUUAUGCUUCGCGAAGCUUUCGCCCACCCUGCAGUGGAGGGUGUGAUGCUGUGGGGAUUCUGGGAGCUGUUCAUGAGCCGGGACAAUGGGCACUUGGUUAAUGCAGAAGGCGACGUCAAUGAAGCCGGUAAAAGAUAUCUUGUUCUCAAGGAAGAGUGGCUGUCGAAAUGUCAUGGCCUUAUCGAUGGACAGGGCCAUUUCGAGUUCAGAGGAUUUCAUGGAUCGUAUGAAGUUGAAAUUGUGAGUCUUUCACAAGGAGAGAAAGUCACCAAGACAUUUGUGGUUGAUCCAGGUGAGGACCCUCUUGUAAUAACCUUAAAUCUCUAGCUCUGUUUUUUACUGUUUAUCCGGCAGAUUGUUACGUGAUUGUUAGGCAUGAAUUUCCACACACUUCACACACAGAUAUCUUGGUGGUUUCGCAUUGUAAUAUUCAUUAUAUAAUAAAAUGUUUUAGCUGUUGCUUUU